AUGCAUCCAACGUGGCAGCCACCAAAGAACUAUCGCCAACGCCCUGUCGCCAUUCUCGGUGCAGGCGUGCUCGGCCGUAGACUUGCGUGCAUCUGGGCCUCAGCAGGCUACAAUGUCCAAGUCCGCGAUCCGAGUCCUCAGCAGCGCGCAGACUGCCUAGCCUACGUCAGAGAUAACGUGGACUCGUAUGCCGAGAGCACAGGCCAGAAGCCGGGCACAGUGGACACAACCGAGGACCUCAAGGAAGCAGUGGACAAUGCCUGGCUGGUCAUCGAGGCCGUGCCGGAGAAGAUCCAGCUCAAGAUCGACACGUUUGCCGAACUCGAUGCUCUCGCGCCGGGUGACUGUAUUCUUGCGUCAAACUCCUCGUCGUACAAGUCUUCGGAGAUGCUUGAGAAGGUGUCAGAGGCAACAAAACGCCGGACUCUGAAUAUGCACUACUACAUGCCGCCGCAGUGUAUGAUUGUCGAGCUCAUGACGGAUGGGUAUACCGCGGCUGAGAUCUUUCCGUUUAUGGUUGAGCGGUCCAAGGAGGCUGCGACGGUUCCGUAUGUUGCUCGGAAGGAAUCGACCGGGUUUAUCUUCAACCGUCUGUGGGCGGCUGUCAAGCGGGAGGUCCUGACGAUCCUGGCGGAGGGUGUCUCGGUACCGGAGGAGAUUGACUCGAUGUGGCAGGAGAUGUUUGUCAAGGGAGGAGUCUUGCCUUGCAAGACGAUGGACGCUGUCGGCCUUGAUACCGUCGCGUUUAUCGAAAGCCAUUACGUUGCAGAGCGCGGUCUCUCACCCGAGAGGACCGUCGACUUUCUGAAGGAGAACUAUCUCGACAAGGGUAAGCUCGGCAACAAGUGUGCAAACGGUGGACUGUACCCUGCAGCAUCACCCUCGGCAAAUACCACUGCCCAAACCAAAAUCAUCGCCCUCGAUGUAGGUCUGUCGGCCUCCGCCCCCGGUUUCAACGUGGGUCAGAUCGUCGAAUUCUCGGCCGAUGGAAAGCUUCAACGAGUACUAGUCAAGGACCAAGCCCUGCCAGACGGCUUGUCUAUUGAUUCCGCCGCUAAACGCAUGUUCUGGACCAACAUGGGUGUACCAGGCAAGGACGACGGGGCCGUCUACUCUGCCAACGUUGACGGCUCAGAUAUCAAGACCCUUGUUGCGCCGGGGACAACCAACACCCCGAAACAACUACCACUGGAUCAGUCCGCUCAAAAGGUCUACUUCUCUGACCGGGAAGGACUGCGCGUAUUCCGAUGCAACUACGACGGAAGUGAUCUCGAGAUCAUCAUCCAAACUGGCGAUUACCAACAACCCGGAGACAUGCAAGACGCCACAAAGUGGUGUGUGGGCAUCGCUGUUUCCCCUCGUUUCGGCAAGUUUUACUGGACGCAAAAGGGACCUUCGAAGAGCGGCAGGGGCAGGAUCUUCUGUGCUAAUAUUGACAUGCCCCAAGGUGAGACUGCCACGACACGAGAUGAUAUCCAUUGUCUCUUGGAGGAUCUGCCGGAACCCAUUGAUUUGGAGGUAGACGAGGAGUCUGGCAGAUUGUACUGGACGGAUCGCGGCGAGCUUCCUUUUGGAAACUCGUUGAACAGGGUCUCGCUGAAGGAGACCGGUUCGGAAGUCGAACGGACUGGUCGUCUGGGUUACGAGGUUCUCACACGGAAUCUGAACGAGGCAAUCGGUCUGAAGCUGGAUCUGGAACGUGGUCAUAUCUACUUGACCGAUCUUGGGGGCAGCGUUUACCGGACGGACGCGGAUGGGAAGCAGAAGGUGCAGUUAUAUUCGGAUGAGAGCCGUGCUUUUACUGGGAUUGCUUUACUUUAG